CACAGACAUCUGGGAUCAGCUGUUUGUGUCAUCAUUUCCAGUGAUUAUCCGAAGAUAUAUACCUCGAUUCAUACCACACGUGAUUGAACUGCUUUGACAACUGGUGUGUCCAUCGACUACGAGACACAUCACCGGACAAUACCAUCCCAUUAGCGGAACCAAUCAUUAGGGCCGAAGAUGUCUUACUUCGACCGUAUGGUGAAUCUGUUCCGCAAGAAUGUGAACGAUUACCCCGUGUUUCAAGUGGUGGAAGUGAAGCCCGAAGACUACGUCCACUAUCAGGUGAUCGCCAGAGAGGAUCCGCUGUUCUGUUACGCCAAUCACAUCGCCAACAAUGAGAUCAACUACGAGAUCGUUGUCUUCAAAGACCUUCAAAGCAAAACCGCUUACAGCCUAAUUCGGUGUAAAGUGCGGACAGAAGUGGACACAUAUUUCAAGAGUUUUAGUGAAAAAUUACCGCAAAUACUACUGAUUUCGCCAAACAGUAUAACCAAUGAAUUUCUACAAGAAUUCUCCAAUUAUGUUAGAGAACACCUGAACCAGAGUUUGACCCACAUUUCGGCCUAUUUUGGUCUCAACGAGUUCUUCAGGCAACUGACGGCCGCCGACGAGGAGAUAAUCAACAAUCGGUGUCCCGAUUCGGGAAUGACUCCAUUGCAUAUUGCCGUACGGACGGGUCGUAUUGCCACCAUUCAGGCCCUGUUGGCGUACAGCGGGUUUGAGCUGCAGCACCUGUUGCUCUUGUUAUUACAGGACGAACUUCUAGUGAAUUCCCGAAAUCGGGACAACUUUCCGCCCCUAUAUCUCGCGUGUCAUAACGACAAACCCGAGUGUAUCAUCGAAUUGCUUAAGAACGGCGCCGACCCUAACGGCGCGGCCAUCGGCGCCGACGACGCGCCCGGCCUUCGAGAGUUGGACAACAAUAAGACAGUGUUUGACUCGUUGGACACGAAGGACAUGAAGAACGGCGGAACACCACUCCACUGGACGAAUACACCCUAUUGUAUGGAAGUGUUGAUAGAACAGGGAUGCGAUGUCGACGCCCGCAACUUCCAGAGCGAGACCGUACUCCACCUUAUGGUCAACCGAAACAAACUGUCGUGCGUUAUAACACUACUCAGCUAUGGGGCCGACGUGUCGGCCAAAGGCCCGAACGGCAACACUCCCCUCCAUCUGGCCGUGAAGGCGGGUCAGGUGGCACUCGUGCAGGCGAUGGUUGUGUUCGGCGCCGACAUGAAUGUGUCCAACUCUAGCGGCGAAACGCCCCGUCAUUUGGCCGCUUCGGCUAAACGCACGCCUCAAAUGGACCUUAUUUUAUAUGUGUUGCAUUCGGUGGGCGCCAAACGCUGUCCCACCAAUCGGUCCAACUGUACCGACGGCUGUUCGCAGUCUAAUGGCUCACAUUUUAACGGCAUUCCGCCCGAGAACUCCCCCUUCAAGAGAAGUGCCAAACUCUAUGACGAACUGUUGGGCGAAGUAGUGGUCAAAGAGGCGUUGAAUCGGAAAAAAUCCCAACAAAUGGAAGUGGAUUUUGAUAGCGAACCCAAGAAACGGUGCCGAGUGUUGAGCUUAGAUGGCGGAGGCAUUCGUGGUCUGAUUCUCAUCCAAAUCCUAUGGGUUUUGGAGAAAAUGACGAAUAAGAAGGCGUCCGAGUAUUUCGAUUGGAUGUCCGGCACCAGUACUGGAGGAAUAUUGGCUCUGUUGCUGGCGAUGGGAAACUCAGCGUCCGAUUGCCGUAAACUGUACUUUAAGUUAAAAGACAAAGUAUUUGUGGGUCUAAUGCGUCCGUACGAAUCGGAACCGUUGGAGAAAUUCUUACAGAAAGCGCUCGGAGAGGACACCCGUAUGAGUGACAUAAAGGAGCCGCGAAUUAUGCUAACGGCCACAGUGUCCGACCGUUUUCCGCCCGAUUUGCACCUCUUCCGCAACUAUGAGUCGCCGAACGAUAUCUUGGGAUUUAUCUCACGAGUAGAGCCCGUCUCUGAUAUGCCUAAACUCCAGGAGCAACUCGUCUGGAAGACUGCCCGCUCGUCGGGCGCCGCGCCAACAUAUUUCCGUCCAUGCGGUGCAUUCCUCGACGGCGGUCUUAUCUCUAAUAAUCCAACGUUGGAUACAUUGACAGAAAUUCACUCAAUUAAUAGAGCCCUUAAUGUUAUGAAUCGUAAAUCAGAAGAAUUGAAUGUAGAUAUAGUGGUGUCAUUGGGAACGGGAGCCAUACCUAUAAAACAGGGCCAAGUGAUCGACAUUUGCAGACCCGACUCCAUUAUGGGUGUGACGAAGACCUUAUUCUCCACUUCAGCGUUACUACAGCUUCUCAUUGAACAGGCCGCUCAGGCGGACGGACAGGUGGUGGAGAGAGCGAAGGCCUGGUGUUCGCAAAUCAAUAUUCCCUAUUUCCGUGUGAACCCUCCCCUCUCGGAGGACAUACCCCUCAAUGAGACCGACAACACAAAACUGGUGAAUAUGCUGUGGGAGACGACCGCAUAUGUGUAUAGCCUGGUAACUGAUCCGCUCGAGAAGAUGGGCCGACGAUCGAUAAAUACCACUAAAAGUGGUAAAUAUAUGAAUCCGACGGAUCAGCACAGGAAAGAGGCCCGAAAGCGGGAACUCCGGAAGAACAAGAAGCAACGGCUGAUCGUGAGAACCGCUGUAUUGAAGGGCAAAGAUCCGUAUCAGAUAAUCGCCGACAUGGAAAGACUGGAUCAGAUGGAGUACAACGUGUCGACUCCGCCGCCGCUCAACGAAAAGGUGCUGAAAGACAAGCGCCGGAAGAUGAAGGAGACGUGGGAUCGGCUGUUGAGGCUAUACGUGAGUGUCUGUUAUGAUCGGCGCUGUCGCCGACACCUCUUUGGGUGUCCGUCAGCUCUGCCGGCGAUUAACAAAGAAGAUCACCAGAGGUUUGUCGAAUUGAAGCGAAUGGAAGUGGAAUAUGAGGCCAAACGCAACCAAAUGAUGAAGUUUUACGAAUCAGUUAAAUCGGCUCAAGAGGUGACCAUUGAUGACAUACCGUUGCCGUCGGCGAUGCCGACUGAUCCCAACCUGUCCUCUGGUUUGGGUUCGGCGCCGAUGUUUCCCAACGAACACUCCAUUCCUCAGUCAAUACUAAAGCGGCCGCACAUGUCGUCCACACAUAUGGUGGGACCCCAUCGGACACCUCCCGGAGUACCGCCGGGUCCGCCACCGGUCCUCAGCGAUGGCGAAGACGAUAUCGACGACGAUAGCGAUGACGACGAGAAGGAACGCAAUAAAAGGAUCAGAUUUAGUGACGAUCCGAUCGCCACUGAAAAGGACUCCGAUGUCAAUGAGUUUCUUAAAGAGUUGGACCAAAUGGAGCAAAAGAGUGGUACGAGUAGUGAUGAUACGUCCAAAUCUAUGCAGUCGUUGCCGUCGGCGGUGAUCGCAUCUCUACCCACACCCGUCGCCGCCGCCGCCACUACUCAGCCACCACUUAACGCAAUGCCUCCGCCGCCGUCUCUCAUGACAAACAUACAGCCUUCUGGUCGGCCACCGGUUCCACCGCCGCAAAUGAUGCUCUUCAGGCCACCCGGACAUCAACCGGGAAUGCGUUCAUCAUCUCAACCGCCAAAUAUGGCCGGACUAAUGGUCGGUCGGCCACCAAUGGGUGGACCAAUGCCUGGGCCGCCACCGCCCGGCAGUAUGAGACCCGGCGGUCCGCCGCCGCACCGAAUGAUGGGCGGUCCGCGACCACCGCUUAUGGGACAACCCAUGAGACCGCCAAUGGGUCCGCCAUCGGGCGGGGGAUUCCCCGGCGCCGCGUCGGCACUAAUGCCCGGCAAACGUGACGAUAAGAAAGCGCACGUCGUGUCCGACAGAGCGACCAUUGAAGCCAAACCACAGCUUAGAAAUCUGAGCGCCGACGCGACCCGAUUCACACCCGUAGCUCUUCGCGUGAAACGCGACGACAAAGCGGUUAAGAAAUCAGCGUUCGCUCAAAGACGGGGUUUUGGCAGUGAUAUGAAGAGGUAUGCGAUGACCGGUCCGGACGACAGCAGCACUGGUCUGAAUGCGCCGACAAAAGGCGACGCUUACGACCAGUUCAUGAAAGAGAUGGAAAAUAUUCUUUUUUGCACCACUUGUGGCCACACGUGUACAGCACUGCCCGACGGGUCGCCGACCGACCGAAACCAGACAUCUCGCGAGAUAUACAUAGCGUUACCACACAUUCAACACCGGCGAUCGCGUGUUUUGACGGAUCCAUUGCCGCCAACCAAUUGGGUUGAGACCCGGUGUGUGUGUGUUGUCUGUGCGGACGGUGUGUCCAUUACUACCGCCUCCUCCCGAAGAACAGACAUUAAACCCAAACGAUGGGCUCAUAUAUCGAGCGGUUCCCGUUCUUCGCUACUCUUAUCGCACGUGGAAUUCGAGGCCAACGGCGACGAUGAGGACGACCUGAUGUCCCAAAAGACGUUGCAAUCGAAAUACAAUGUGUUAACAAAUGAUGGCAACAAUGGGUUGUUUGCCAAUAAUGUCUUAAACAACGACACCAUUAAACUGAACGGUCAACUGAGCGGCAAAUUAAGUGCCAACACAUCUCCCGUGACGAAUGGCAACUCAUGUAAUGACAAUACGGGUAAUGACGGUCUGGUGGCCCCCAAACAGGUGCUCUUCCCUCGCGAACGCAUUCUCUUGGAAUGGAAAGAGCCGCAUAAGAUUGGUUCCGGUCUCACAAAUCUGGGCAACACGUGUUUCCUCAAUAGCGUACUCCAGUGUUUGUCUUAUUCCCCGCCAUUAGUCAACUAUCUCUUGUACACCAACGAUCACAUGCAAAACAGAUGUACACAAGUGGUCCGCCAGACCCGCAGUAGUGUCGACGCCGUAAAGCCUUUUAACGUUUGCCGGCGCCUGAAGUCGAUCGCUAAACACUUCCAGUUGGGCCGUCAAGAGGACGCCCACGAGUUUCUCCGUUACGUCGUGGACAACAUGUGGAAGUCGUGUCUCAACUAUUACAACGUUCAGCACCAGAAACUGGAUCCCAAAAGCAAAGAGACGACAGCAAUCAAUCAGAUCUUCGGCGGCUAUCAUCGAAGUCAAGUGAUCUGUUUGUCCUGCAGUGCGAAGAGCAAUACAUACGACUAUUUCAUGGACUUUAUGCUCGACAUUAAAAACGUCAGUACUCUGGAGAAGGCGUUGGAGAAGUUCACGGCUCCGGAGAUACUCCAGAGUGAGAACGCCUAUAAGUGUACGCGUUGUAAACGGAAAGUGUUGGCCCGCAAACAGUUCACCAUAUAUUCUGCGCCAAAUGUGGCCACAUUUCAGUUCAAGCGUUUCGAUUACAACCGUAUAUUUGGCGGCAAAAUCACAAAACCGGUCACUUAUCCCGAGCGACUCAAUCUCAGGCCUUAUAUGUCUGAGGCUAAGGGUCCGCCCAUUAACUACAAACUGAGCUCCGUUUUAGUCCAUUUGGGUCCCACUUGUAAUUCGGGUCACUAUUUCUGUUACGUCCGCAACUCAAACAACUUCUGGUAUCUGAUGGACGACUCGCGUACGGUUCAAGUGAACCAAAACCAGGCGCUCAGCCAACAGGCGUACGUCCUUUUCUACGUACGCGUGGACACAGACUUUCACAAACCGGCGCCCGUUAUUAAUGGUAUCAAAAUAAAGCCGGCCCUCGGGCUGAGCCCUGAGCUGCAACGGCCCGAUCACAACCGGUUGGAGGCCUUUAAGAACCGGCAAAACAACGCGCCGACAACGAUACCCGUCCGAAAACCGGUUAUACCGCCGAUGAAUGCGCCGCAAACACCGCCGGAUCCGUCAAAAUCGGGACAAAAUCAGUUGAAACGCAAACAAAACUCCACCUCUAAGUCAAUGAAUAAUACCGUUAAUAACAAUAAUAGUAAUCACAUAACAAAAGGUUUAGUGCCUUACGCUAGCGAUUCAUCCGAUGAGGACAGCCCUAAACCUCCCGCCAGUGGCGCCAACGCCGCCGCCUCUUCUGUCAACCACUCCUCGCCCGCGACUCUUCAUAUGAAUGGCGGUCUUAAUAAUAGUAAUAAUAAUAACAACUCAUUCUGUGAUAAAUCAAUUAAUAAUAGUAACAAUCGGUUCUCGUUGUCGACGACCGCCGGUAACAAUUCGGGCGAUUCGUCGGAUAAGAGUCCGCAAAAGUCGAUGAAAUUAGAGAAUAUAUCGAUAAAAAUUAAGACAAACGCCAAUCAAAUCAUUCCAAACCCGAAACACAACAAAGGCUUCGCCAACAGUAAAUCUGUUGCUUCAAAUUGUGUGCCUUUGGCGCCGAUAACGUUGAAAGUAAAGGCGACCACCAGUUCAUUAAACAAAACUCCACCUCUAAGUUUAGUGCCUUACGCUAGCGAUUCAUCCGAUGAGGACAGCCCUAAACCUCCCGCCAAUGGCGCCAACGCCGCCGCCUCUUCUGUUAACCACUCCUCGCCCGCGACUCUUCAUAUGAAUGGCGGUCUUAAUAACAAUAAUAACAACUCAUUCUGUGAUAAAUCAAUUAAUAAUAGUAACAAUCGGUUCUCGUCGACGACCGCCGGUAACAAUUCGGGCGAUUCGUCGGAUAAGAGUCCGCAAAAGUCGAUGAAAUUAGAGAAUAUAUCGAUAAAAAUUAAGACAAACGCCAAUCAAAUCAUUCCAAACCCCAAACACAACAAAGGCUUUGCCAACAGUAGUAAUAAUAAUAAACAUUUGAAUAAUAAUUUACAAAACCAUACCUCAGAAUCUGUUGCUUCAAAUUGUGUGCCUUUGGCGCCGAUAACGUUGAAAGUAAAGGCGACCACCAGUUCAUGGCAUGUGGUCGAGAGCUGUGCCCUCCGGUCGCCGUCGAUCACAUCCAAUUCGAGCACAAAUAGUGUCAACUCUACGACAAACGAGUGGUCGGUCUCCGACUGUAAGCCCGAAUUCUCAGGGACUCCGCGUUCGAAGCAUAAGCACCGCAAUGGCAAACACCAGACGCCCAACGGAUGUCCCGCUACUGUCAACGGGACGGUCAGUACUCCCGUGUCGAGCGCUAAACACAGAUUGUCUCAAAUCGAGCCAAAUAGCGGCAAAACAGCUCAGAACCCGUCCAACAUCUUCUCUUCGGCCGCCUUAUCGGCAGUCAACACAUCCGCUCAGUUGUCUGUUAAUCAUUUGAAGGAUAAUUUUGAUGAUAGAAGUUAUUCAAACAAAUCGGUGACGGAUUCGCCGCCAAAACGUUUGUCACCCAAAAAGUUGGACUCAAGACAAUCGGAAAAUAGUAAUUCGUUCGCCGAAUCCUCUGCGGACAGUCAUCAGCGACGGGACAGUCAUUUUGACCGCCGAAGCAUUAGUUCGCACCGGAGUUCGAAUGACAGCACAAACGAUCAUAAAAUGUCUAAAAAACACGACAGAAGUCACUCGAAGUCGGCCAACAAUAGCGAUGCGGACGACGACAAGAAUACCGGUAGUCAUCAUAAGCACGAGAAACGGAAAAAGCGUAAACACAGCGCCGAAGAACGGCGAUUGUCCAGCGGUUCCGACGACUCCUCCAGUGAUGAGAAGAAACACAAGAAGAAAAAGAAGAAGAAGAAUAAGAAAUCGAAGAAAAAGAAACACAAAAAGCGUGACCACUCGUCGGGAAGCGAAUCCGAUGCCGAUUCGGACGCAAAUCAAUUGCAAUGGAUUGAGAGGACCAAAGAGACGGUCGAAAAGGAGAGAGACAUCACUGCCGUUAGUAAACCAGAACCUUAUGUGAGAAAAUGGGACGAAAAUGUCUACGAUUUGGCCAAAAAGAAGCGAAUCGAUGGCUCCGGCGAUGCGCCCAAUCAUUUGAAUUCGAUGCCACUGAAGGCACCGAUUGUGGCCAACGAUGUCCACAACGAUACGGUCAACGGUCUCUUGAAGGACAGUCACCGCGGGUUUGGGGAUAAAGUGAAUUCCUGGACCGGCGGGCCCUCCACUUUGGACACCUCUAUCGGCGGUGAGAAACGAUUUGUUAAUGAUUUUGACGACGAGGACUACAAUGAAGAGUUUGAUAGGGGAAAGACGAAGAAAGUGAAGCUAAAACACAAUGAGAAAUAUCAACACCAGAUGAAUGGCAAUCCAUUUCAAAAGAUCGCGUCCGAAAAGCAUAGAUUUAACGGCGAUUUCAAUCGAAACCAUAAUAACAAUAGUAAUCAUAAAGAUAUUGACCGAAAUAUGGGUAACAAUUUGGACAAAUCGUGGGAUAAAUCAUACCAUAAGCAGCGCUACGAUCACCACAACUCCGAGCGAAGGCAU